AUGGUUAACGUUGCCAUCAACGGUUUCGGUCGCAUUGGCCGCCUCGUGCUUCGCGCCGCUGCCAAGAACCCGAAUAUCAAGGUUGUCGCUGUGAACGACCCGUUCAUCGCCACCAAGUACAUGGAGUACAUGCUCAAGUACGACACUGUGCACGGCCGUUUCGACGGUAAGAUCGACCACGAUGAAAAGAACAUCUACGUUGAUGGCAAGCCCAUCCGUGUGUUCAACGAGAUGGACCCCGCCAACAUCAAGUGGGGAGAGGAGCAG